GUGGGAUUUAAGGUGUAUGUCUUGAAACCCCAGACAUUUCUCUGGCUCCCAGGCUCUCCUGGGCCCUCCAGCCUGCUCUAGAUGACAUGUUCCCAGCUCCUGGGUCUUGGUGUAGACAUGGUCCUGAGGGGAUGAGCAGUGUAUCUUGUAGACUGAAUGUUCACUUCCCAGCUCUGGCAUCUCCUCUCCACUCCUUUCCACACUCCACCUCCAGGGCCAACAAUAGGCCCCUUCAGCUCUGGGCUCUUGCGUAGGGCUUGGGGGUGGGGUAUGGCCUGAGCUGGCAGCGGGCAAGAUGACGAGCCAGGCAGCCUCUGCCCAGCCCUGGAAGAGCUCUCUCUGGGAGUGGCUAGCUGCUGGGAGCUAGACUGCAUCCUUCCCUCUGGGCCCUCGUGCCAUGGCAGUGCAUGGGCAGGACAGGCAACGAGAGGCAGCUCUCUGCGGCACUCGUGUCCUGGCCUCGGCACCUGGGCAUGUGUGGCGUGCAUGGGAGUGAGGCCCAGACAGCUACAGCAAUGUGUCCUCUGCCACCCGCUGCUGCUGGUGUCUGUUGUGGAGCGACGGUCCAGGAGCGCAUGAGGCCCUCAGUGUACUGUCUCUGUGUGUCGGCGUUGACACUCCGGUCUUCAGCUGGCGGAGCAUGAAACGGUUUCACAGUACUUUCAAGACGUGGUACAGAUGGAUGCGCUUGUCUCCACAUGUCAGCCCCACCAAGUCCAGUCACCCUCAGGUUCAGUGUGGACUGGGUCACGCUGUUUAGUCGGAUCCUCUCCCCUCCUCUCAAGUGACGCUCCCUUCUCCACUGGAGUUGGAGGGGACGAGGCAUAGCAGGGCCCUGUCUGGUGUGUCUGCCUCUGCUUCUGUGCUCUGCCCUCCCACCCCGGCACCUGCCUGUUCCCCUCCUCUCUCUCGGUGAGCUGGGAUCCUGACAGACACAGGCCGCCUUCCUGUCACCCUGUGUGGCAGCCCACGCCCCAGCACCUGUCCGCAGUCCCGUGAGAAGGCACCUUCCUUAAGGCCAAUGUCAGGCUCUCCCUCUGCCUGAGGGACUGGCUGAGUUGUUCUGGUUCUGAGAUGGCUUUGGGGGACUGAGUCGCAUAGUGGGUCUGGGGUCGGAGUGGUUGUGAUGACAUUGACAGCCCCUCUUCCCAGAAAUGUGCUGGUGUCUCUGGAUUGGAAAUCAUGGGGGAGGCAAAGCCGGGGCUGGGAGAGGGCAACCAGGCUUGUUCCUGGCACCCAGUGGGAAAGCAACCUGGCAGCAGCUCAUGGGGGAAGAAGCAGCCACUGUUCUCCAGUGUUCUUCACAAAGGCUGAGUCCUUCUUAACAGACACACCCAGGGCCCCUGCCAGGCCCUCCCUUCAGGGCAACAGAUGUGGACAGAUGGUUCCCUUACGAUGUACAAACCACAGCAGAGGUGUACAGAUGGCUCCUUCAGCACAAUUAUGUGCUGAUACAAAGAGUUAUAGGAAUAGGGACCCUUUAAGGAUAGGAACAUGAUGGAUAAUUUAAACUUUUAAAAAUUCUUGGCCAGGUGCAGUGGCUCACGCCUAUAAUCUCAGCCCUGUGGGAGGCUGAGGUGGGCGGAUCAUGAGGUCAGGAGAUCAAGACCAUCCUGGCCAACACGGUGAAACCCCGUCUCAACUCUACUAAAAAUAUAAAAAUUAGCUGGGCAUGGUGGCGCACACUUGUAAUCUCAGCUACUCGGGAGGCUGAGGCAGGAGAAUCGCUUAAACCCGGGAGGCAGAGGUUGCAGUGAGCCGAGAUCGCACCAUUGCACUCCAGCCUGGCAACAGAGCAAGACUCCAUUAAAAAAAAAAAUUCUUUUGACUAUUUUUCACAUGUAUUAUUGUGUAGUUUUACUGCACGUGUUUUCAAGCAUCCCUCCAACAAAACAGCAGAGAUAACCAUUUGUGGCUAGGAAAUGGGAAUUUACAGAAGAGAUAUGGCAUUUGACUUGGGUCUUGAGGAGUGUGUGGGAGUUUAUCAUGUAGACAAAGAGUAGAAGUGUCACAGACAAAAAAUAGCUCAGACAUUAAAAUUAUUUAUUUAUUUAUUUAUUUAUUUAUUGAGACAGAGUCUCUCUGUCACCCAGGCUGGAGUGCAGUGGCACGAUCUUGGCUCACUGCAACCUCCGCCUCCCGGAUUCAAGUGAUUCUCCUGCCUCAGCCUCCCGAGUAGCUGGGACUGCAGGUGCACACCACCACGCCCAGCUAAUUUUUAUAUUUUUUAGUAGAGACGGGGUUUCACCAUGUUGGUCGGGCUGGUCUCGAACUCCUGACCUCAGGUGAUCCACCUGCCUCGGCCUCCCAAAAUGCUGAGAUUACAGGUGUGAGCCACCAGGCCCGGCCGCAGACAUUAAAAUUAAAGGGCAUCCGGACAUGGUGGCUAGUGCCUAUCAUCCCAGCUACUCAGGAGGCUGAGGUGGGAGGGUCACUUGAGCCAAGGAGUUCAAAGUUAAAAUGAGCCAUGGUCACACCACUGCACUCCAGCCUGGGCAACAGAGCAAGACCCAGUCUCUUAAAAACAAAAAACAAGAACCCCAUAGGGAAGGGCAAACACUUGGCUGGGACAUAGAGACAUUUGAAGGGAAUGCUAAGAGAGAGAGGUGGGGAACUAGGUGAGGAGUGGAGCUCAGAGGGCCUGUGUGCCAGCAGGGGAUUGGGCCCUCAGGACUGAGGGAAGGGCCUGCGUGCCAGCCGAUAACAGUAACAGUAGGCAGCCAGGUGCUGUGCUUGACUCUUCAUGACAGUUUUAUGAAGGAGAUUCUGUUUAUCCCCACUUUACAGAUGAGGAAAUUGAGGCUUAGAGGUUAUUUGCUCAAAAGUUGCCCAACUGGAGCGUGAUAGAGUCAGGAUUUCAGCCCCCAUCUGUCUGACUCCUGAUCUCACUGUCACCAUUGGGAGGAAUUCUGAGGUGGUUGAAGCAGCUGGACUGGUGUGCCUGGUGGAGAAGGUAGAGGGAGGAGGAGGAGUCUUGGUUGGGGGUCCGUGGUGGGGUGUGGUUUCUACCUUGGGUGGCUGGUGUUGGCUCGUGAUGUUUUCAGCAGGAUACAGGAGCGCAGAAGCAGAGUUUGAGGGGUGAUGCUGAGCCCAGUUUGGAUAUGCAGUAUGUGGUACCUGUGCAGCCUCCUGGCGGAGCUGCCCUGUAAAUGUCUGGAAGCGUGGGUCUGGGGCCACAGGAAUUCAGGAAUGGAGACAGCACAUGGUGGUAACAGGAGGCCCUGGAGGCGUAGGUGACCCCAGGGAGCAGAUCAUCAGUGGAGAAUAGAAGGAAACAUGAGUUCAAAAGUCUUAGGAAAUACCAACAGUUAAGAAGCUGGGGGCGGGGUGGGGGUGGGCAGGCGCAGUGGCUCAUGCCUGCAAUCCUGGCACUUUGAGAGAACAAGGCUGGCAGAAUGCUGGAGCCCAGGAGUUUGAGACCAACCUGGGCAACAUGACGAAACCUCAUCUCUACAAAAAAUACAAAAAUUAGCUGGGUGUGAUAGUGCACGCCUGUAAUCCCAGCUACUCAGGAGAUGGAGGCAGGAGGAUUGCUUGAGCCUGGGAGGCAGAGGUUACAGUGAGCCAAGAUCACACCACUGCACUCCAGUCUGGGGGCACAGUGAAACCCUAUCUCAAACAAACAAAGAAUAUGUGGGGGUGAAGAGGCUUCAGGGCUGGACCAUGGGCCUAGCACUGCCAGCAGACACAGCCUUGCCUGCCCUCAGGACCUCAGCUGCCAGGCCCCCUGGGAGGGAGUGGGCCCCUGUGUCCUGGGGAUGGAGAGAGUAUGGACAGUCAUGGCGUGUGUCUGAAUCACUCCCUCUUCUUUCUUGGGCUCUGGCCAGCCUCCUCCCCAGACCAGUGUGAUGUCAGGCCCAGCUGACCUGAAGGUGCAGGGUUGCCUGGUGCAGGUUCCUCUGGGAUGAGGUUCUGAGGGCACCCAGCCUGGCCUUGCUCCAGAAGCUUGGGCUCUGCGCACCGAGGGGUGAGUUAAGGCUGACCAAACUUGGUGGGGCUGACAUGUGGAAGCAAGAUAAUCCUCUGGCUGAGGGAGGAGCUGUAAGCCCCCUUCUCUUCUUCAGUAUGUUCUUUUUUUCCUUCAGGGCUUGGAGAAGAGGGAGGUGGAGGUGGGAGAGGGCCGCCUGGGAGGUAGGGUUGGCGUAUAUUCCUGAGAAUACGGUAGAUUGUUUUGGAAAAACCCUCUUGGCCGGAAAUUGCCUGUCAUGUCUGCGCCUUAGUGUGGAUUUGUCACUUUGCAUGCAGUUGGAGAGGCUGGAGAGGGGAAUGGACAGCAGAGCUGGGCUGGUUUCCAGCCUCUUGUUUCCUUUAGCUCUGCAGAGUGGAGAUGUAAAGAGACAAGUGAAGACCAGAGGGGGUGUACACGUGGGGUGGAUUCCGGAAAUCCUAGAGGUAGUUUGGAUCCUGUGGAUGUCUUAGGAUGGUACUAGGACGCAAGAGAUUUACAGGGGGAGGUGAGGCAGGGAGAAAGCGGGAAAGGGCAGUGGUUUGGAUCAGAUCCUUUAUCCAGCCAGGGCAAGAAGGGAGGGGCCUGGUAUUUUCUGCCUUGCCUUCUACAGCCUCCCACUUUGCAGCUACUCCCAAGACUAGUGUGUGCCUUUAGCUGCAGUAAGAUGCCCGCUUCUGCACAGCAUAGAACCAGGCGUUUGGGGACCUCGCCGGCAGUCAUCCGCCUACCCUGGUGUGCUCGGGGUGGGGAAGGGGCUGUGUGAGGAGAGUGGGCCUUAGGGGGAGCCUCACCUAGUGCCCUAGCAGGGUCUGGCUCAGCCUUGACGCUGCGUGGGGAGGAGAGGUCGCAGCAUGUCUCUCUGCCCCAACCCAGAGAGGGUGCCCUGAGCUCAGCCCUAAAUACCCGGUACUAGAGAGUCAGUGGCUGCUUCAGAUGCCACCAGAAUGAGAAGUGGUGCCUUGGGGCCCCGGGGGAGAGGAAGAGCCUCUGCCCUGGGACUUCCUGUGCCGGCGAUGGCCUCGCGCCAGUGCUGGGCGCGGCACCCCCGCGUGGGCCUGUGUUGGGGCGGCUUUUCAGCAGGAGUCCGGGCCCUCGUGUCACCGCUCUGAAGUCAGGGAGAGGCUGGGAGGCGGCAGCAUGCAGCCAGAGGAGGGCACGGGCUGGCUGCUGGAGCUGCUGUCCGAGGUGCAGCUGCAACAGUACUUCCUGCGGCUCCGAGACGACCUCAAUGUCACCCGCCUGUCCCACUUUGAGUACGUCAAGAAUGAGGACCUGGAGAAGAUCGGCAUGGGCCGGCCUGGCCAGCGGCGGCUGUGGGAGGCUGUGAAGAGGAGGAAGGCCUUGUGCAAACGCAAGUCCUGGAUGAGUAAGGUGUUCAGUGGAAAGCGACUGGAGGCUGAGUUCCCCCCUCAUCACUCUCAGAGCACCUUCCGGAAGACCUCGCCAGCCCCUGGCCCAGCAGGGGAGGGGGCCCUGCAGAGCCUCACCUGCCUCAUUGGGGAGAAGGACCUGCACCUCCUGGAGAAGCUGGGCGAUGGCUCCUUCGGCGUGGUGCGCAGGGGCGAGUGGGACGCGCCCUCAGGGAAGACGGUGAGUGUGGCUGUGAAGUGCCUGAAGCCUGAUGUCCUGAGCCAGCCGGAAGCCAUGGAUGACUUCAUCCGGGAGGUCAAUGCCAUGCACUCGCUUGACCACCGCAACCUCAUCCGCCUCUACGGGGUGGUGCUCACGCCGCCCAUGAAGAUGGUGACAGAGCUGGCACCUCUGGGAUCGUUGUUGGACCGGCUACGUAAGCACCAGGGCCACUUCCUCCUGGGGACUCUGAGCCGCUACGCUGUGCAGGUGGCUGAGGGCAUGGGCUACCUGGAGUCCAAGCGCUUUAUUCACCGUGACCUGGCUGCCCGCAAUCUGCUGUUGGCUACCCGUGACCUGGUCAAGAUCGGGGACUUUGGGCUGAUGCGAGCACUACCUCAGAACGACGACCAUUACGUCAUGCAGGAACAUCGCAAGGUGCCCUUUGCCUGGUGUGCCCCCGAGAGCCUGAAGACACGCACCUUCUCCCAUGCCAGCGACACCUGGAUGUUUGGGGUGACACUGUGGGAAAUGUUCACCUACGGUCAGGAGCCCUGGAUCGGCCUCAAUGGCAGUCAGAUCCUGCAUAAGAUCGACAAGGAGGGGGAGCGGCUGCCCCGGCCUGAGGACUGUCCCCAGGACAUCUACAACGUCAUGGUCCAGUGCUGGGCUCACAAGCCAGAGGACAGACCCACGUUUGUGGCCCUGCGGGACUUCCUGCUGGAGGCCCAGCCCACGGACAUGCGGGCUCUUCAGGACUUUGAGGAACCGGACAAGCUGCACAUCCAGAUGAAUGAUGUCAUCACCGUCAUCGAGGGAAGGGCCGAGAACUACUGGUGGCGUGGCCAGAACACGCGGACGCUGUGUGUGGGGCCCUUCCCUCGCAACGUGGUGACCUCCGUGGCCGGCCUGUCGGCCCAGGACAUCAGCCAGCCCCUGCAGAACAGCUUCAUCCACACGGGGCAUGGCGACAGUGACCCCCGCCACUGCUGGGGCUUCCCGGACAGGAUUGACGAACUGUAUCUGGGAAACCCCAUGGACCCUCCCGACCUGCUGAGUGUGGAACUGAGCACCUCCCGGCGCCCCCAGCAUCUAGGAGGGGUGAAAAGGGAGCCUCCACCUCGCCCACCUCAGCCUGCCUUCUUCACUCAGAAACCAACCUAUGACCCUGUGAGCGAGGACCAAGACCCCCUGUCCAGCGACUUCAAGAGGCUGGGCCUGCGGAAGCCAGGCCUGCCCCGAGGGCUGUGGCUGGCAAAGCCCUCAGCGCGGGUGCCGGGCACCAAGGCCGGCCGAGGCGGCGGGGCUGAGGUCACGCUCAUCGACUUCGGUGAGGAGCCCGCGGUCCCGGCCCUACGGCCCUGCGCGCCCUCCCUGGCACAGCUGGCCAUGGACGCCUGCUCCCUGCUGGACGAGACCCCACCUGAGAGCCCCACGCGGGCCCUGCCCCGGCCCCUGCACCCCACGCCCGUGGUGGACUGGGACGCACGCCCGCUGCCGCCCCCGCCCGCCUAUGACGACGUGGCCCAGGAUGAGGAUGACUUCGAGGUCUGCUCCAUCAACAGCACCCUGGUGGGCGCCGGGGUCCCUGCGGGGCCCAGCCGGGGCCAGACCAACUACGCCUUUGUGCCUGAACAGGCGCGGCUGCCCCCUCCCCUGGAGGACAGCCUGUUCCCCCCGCCCCAGGGUGGGGCCAAGCCCCCUCCCCUGGAGGACAACCUGUUUCCCCCGCCUCAGGGGGGGGCCAAGCCGCCCAGCUCCGCGCAGACCGCACAGAUCUUCCAGGCGCUGCAGCAGGAGUGCAUGAGGCAGCUGCAGGUUCCGGCCGGCUCCCCGGCCCCCUCUCCCAGCCCGGGGGGUGACGACAAGCCCCAGGUGCCCCCUCGGGUACCCAUCCCCCCUCGGCCCGUGCGCCCACACGUCCAGCUGUCUCCAGCCCCCUCGGGCGAGGAGGAGACCGGUCGGUGGCCUGGACCUGCCUCCCCUCCCCGGGUGCCUCCGCGGGAGCCCCUGUCCCCUCAAGGCUCGAGGACACCCAGCCCCCUGGUACCACCUGGCAGCUCCCCACUGCCACCCCGGCUCUCCAGCUCACCUGGGAAGACCAUGCCCACCACCCAGAGCUUUGCCUCAGACCCCAAGUACGCCACCCCCCAGGUGAUCCAGGCGCCUGGCCCGCGGGCCGGUCCCUGCAUCCUGCCCAUCGUCCGGGACGGCAAGAAGGUCAGCAGCACCCACUAUUACUUGCUGCCCGAGCGACCGUCCUACCUGGAGCGCUACCAGCGCUUCCUGCGUGAGGCCCAGAGCCCCGAGGAGCCGGCCCCCCUGCCUGUGCCUCUGCUGCUGCCCCCACCCAGCACCCCGGCCCCCGCCGCCCCCACGGCCACCGUGCGGCCGAUGCCCCAGGCUGCCUUGGACCCUAAGGUCAACUUCUCCACCAACAACAGCAACCCAGGGGCCCGGCCGCCAGCCCCGAGGGCCACUGCUCGGCUGCCACAGAGGGGCUGCCCUGGCGACGGGACAGAGCCGGGCCGGCCAGCAGACAAGAUCCAGAUGCUGCAGGCCAUGGUGCAUGGGGUGACCACAGAGGAGUGCCAGGCGGCCCUGCAGAGCCACGGCUGGAGCGCGCAGAGGGCUGCCCAGUAUCUGAAGGUGGAGCAGCUCUUCGGGCUGGGUCUGCGGCCCAGAGGGGAGUGCCACAAAGUGCUGGAGAUGUUCGACUGGAACCUGGAGCAGGCUGGCUGCCACCUUCUGGGCUCCUGGGGCCCUGCCCACCACAAGAAAUUACUAGAUCAAUCAAGGAAACUAGCUUUUCGAGCUUCACGUAUGACAUGUGAACUUCAGGAAAAGAGGCAGAAUCAACAACGGGGAAUCAACAACAGGGAGAAUCAACAACAGGGAGAAUCAACAACAGGGAGAGAAUCAACAACAGGGAGAAUCAACAACGGAGAAUCAACAACAGGGAGAAUCAACAACAGGGAGAAUCAACAACAGGGAGAAUCAACAACAGGGAGAGAAUCAACAACAGGCAGAAUCAACAACAGGGAGAAUCAACAGGGAGAAUCAACAACAGGGAGAAUCAACAGGGAGAGAACAACAGGCAGAAUCAACAACAGGGAGAAUCAACAACGGAGAAUCAACAGGGAGAGAAUCAACAACAGGGAGAGAAUCAACAACAGGCAGAAUCAACAACAGGGAGAAUCAACAACAGGGAGAAUCAACAGGGAGAGAAUCAACAACAGGGAGAGAACAACGGAGAAUCAACAACAGGGAGAAUCAACAGGCAGAAUCAACAACAGGCAGAAUCAACAACAGGGAGAAUCAACAACGGAGAAUCAACAACAGGCAGAAUCAACAACAGGCAGAAUCAACUCAGUGGGGAGGUGUCGGGUGCUUUUUGUGUGUCGAGCCCCGAUGAGGAAACACAAGCCAAGUAGAAAUAGUCUGUACCCCAGAGGGGUUCACAGUAUUUGGGGGGCUGUGACAUCAUCACGGCAAGACGAGUGCUCUGUAAUCGUUAUGCACCAGGUGUCUUGGGAGCAGAGGGGGUGACUCCCCACGAGGUCAUGUUGUGCUGAUGUGAUGGGUGAGAAGGGUGAAUGCCAGGUAGGUGAGGGGACGAAAGCGGUGCAGGUGGAGGGCCCUGCGGCCGAGGCGGACACGAGCCGGCUUGUCCCAAGCACUGAAGCUGGCAAGGCCAGGGCGCAUCCUUUUGUUGUUUUGGGGGUGGGUUAGAGGCAGCUCUCGUGAUCCUGACACGUGAGGCAGGCCUGGAUCACGAGGCUGCUCGUGUGGAAUGCUGAGUUCUUUUGACUUUGUAGACAAAGGAAGACAGCAGGAAUAGCCAGAGGCCUAGUGGGGUUGCGUCUGCUGUUUAAGCAGGUGGGUCUGCUCGAAAGUGGCUGGCGGCUCCACUGCAGCCACAAAAGGAGGAAAGACCUAGCGCAUCUCGCUGCACACUGCGGACAAAAAGGUGUCCUUAAUUUGAAGCAAGUUAAUUUGUACAGAAACGAAAUUUGGAGAUUGCAGGAACCUCCAACUGCUGGAAUCUUUGUCGAGAGCAAGGGUUCUUGAAGGUCAGUCCAGGGCCACGGCCGGUCUAGAGUUAAGUUUCCAGCCACCUGAGGUGAAAUGGUAAGAGCUACAUGACUGAGUUUUCUUUUUUUCUUUUCUUUUUUUUUUUUUUUUUUUUUUUGAGCCAGAGUCUCGCUGUCGCCCAGGCUGGAGUGCAGUGGUGCGAUCUCGGCUCACUGCAAGCUCUGCCUCCUGGGUUCACGCCAUUCUCCUGCCUCAGCCUCCCGAGUAGCUGGGACUACAGGCGCCCGCCACCACGCCCGGCUAAUUUUUUGUAUUUUUUAGUAGAGACGGGGUUUCACCGUGUUAGCCAGGAUGGUCUCGAUCUCCUGACCUCGUGAUCCGCCCGCCUCGGCCUCCCAAAGUGCUGGGGUUACAGGCGUGAGCCACCGCGCCCGGCCAGGACUGAGUUUUCUUAAAAUGAAAUAGACUCCGUUCCAGGACGGUCUUUAUUCGGUGUGUUUGUCUUCCUGAGUUCUUGGUAUUGAAAUGGCGGUUGUUGCGUGGUGCUGGUGGUGGUGUUAGACGGUAACUGUGUCCCCCGUGCCCGUGGGGAGCUGUGCCCUGUCGGGAUGCCCCUCAGCAAUUACUGCAAUUUUAAUGAUCCCCGAAGUCCAUCUUGAGGACCCGGGGCCGGAGUGCUCUCGUGUUGGGCAGCACCGCCUGCUGGCAGAAUGUGGCGUUGCAGGCGCUCUGGCUACAUUUCAGAGAGUGGGAGGGAUGAGAUUGUGUAUUCAUUGCCCAAUAAAUCAAUUAAGUCCAACUCUGCUGGCUCAAGCCCAUGGGUGCUUAAAGGGAGUCAGCCCAGGGAAGCUUGGAGGGGAAGGAACCGGGUGGCCCACCAUCUGGAGCCAAACGGGGACCAGCUAGGAUCUAAGGUCAGGAAAGGAGAUGGGUGGGGGGCUCUGAAAAAGGCCAUGCCUGCGGCUCUGGGCUGGCUGGAGGGAAGCUGAGGGCUGGGAGAGCGGGCAGUCACUCUCCAGCAGAAGUCCUGGCAUCAUGCCACUCCAUUUGGGAAGCCUCAGCUCCACUGUGAAAAAAUGUUUUUAUGAUUGUUGUACAUGCUCUUUGUUGAACUGGACCAUUCAGAAGAGCGCAGUGAGAAAAUUAAACACCCAGAAAGCCGCUUAAAAUUUUGAUAUAUUUCUUACACUUUUUUUCUGUGCACAUAUAUGUUUUAUAAAAUAAGGUCAUGCAGCAUGCAGAGUUUUCUUAAGGUUUAUUUUUAUCUUUAUUUUAUCUGGUUUUGUUUUGUUUGAAUCAAGGUCUCACUCUGUCACCCAGGAUGAGUACCGUGGCAUGAUCAGGGUUCGGGGUGGCCUGGAAUUCCUCGACUCAAGCGAUCUUCCCAGUUAAGCCUCCCAAGCAGCUGGGGUGACCGGCGUGCCCCACCACACCUGGCUAAUGUUUUUUAUUUUUUUAUUUUUAGUAGAGACGAAGUCUCACUAUGUUGCCCAGGCUGGUCUCGAAUUUCUGGACUCACGUGAUCCUCCUGCCUCAGCCUCCCAAAGUGCAGGGAUUAUAGGCGUGAGCCACUGUGCCUGGCCAGUUUUCUGUAUCUUUAAAUUCAUCUUCUCAAAGAAUAUUUAAACACUGCCUAGUUUUUAUUCUGUGGAUAAACUCCAGUUAACACAUUUUGUUAAUUUUUUUUAUCUUGUAACUGUUCAUUUAUUUAGAGACAUGGUGUCCCUCUGUCUCCCAGGCUGGAGUGCAGUGGCUCCAGCUCAGCUCAGCUCACCAUACCUUGACCCUCCAGCCUCAAGGGAUCCUCCCGCCUCAGCCUCCCAAGCCGUGAGGACUACAGGCACACGCCACUCUACCCAGAUAAUUUUGUUCUUUUUUUUCUUUUUUCUGUAGAGAUGAGGUCUAUGUUGCCCAGGAUGGUCUCGAACUCCUGGGCUCAAGUGAUCCACCCACCUUGGCCUCCCCAAAGUGUUGAGAUUACAGGUGUGAGCCACCGCACCCAGCUGUAACAAAUUGUUUUAAUAAAUAGUGCUAAAAGGUUUUCCAGAAA